GGGGUCCUGAAUUCAGUCGAAGCGUCCAUAGCUUUUGUACAUUGACUUCCACUUCCACGAAACUUCGCAAAACGUGUGUUCAGGCCUAGAAGAAAAUGCCAAGCGCAGCUAUCAUUCACGCCGCGUGCUUUGCGGUCGGCGCAGUGGUUGGAGGGGGUGUGGUCACCGCCGUGUCCUCCAGGAAGAGGCAAAUCCCUACAAGCACCACCUCAGUUGGCACGUCCGUGUCUCCACCCAUAAUCGAAAUGGGCCAAAGUGGCGGCGCGAAACUCUCCAAUGCUGUUGUAGUCUCUGCGCCGAACUCCCCGGUCUUGAAGUACGGUCAUCCAGGCCCUAUACCGGACUUCUUGGUCCGCAAAGCAUACACUGCCGCAUAUGACCGGAAGCUCAGACACCCAGCAUGGACUGCAGAACAUCUUACUCUCGCAUCUCUAGGCAAGUCAACUCCACAGCCUCCCUCAGGGGGAGAUGGGUCAGGCGACCGCUCAAAAUCGACGUUCACCGAGGAUGAGUCCCUCCCCUCGAUGUUCCGCGCGAAGCUGCAAGAUUACUUCCGAAGCGGGUAUGAUCGUGGACAUAUGGUUCCCGCUGCAGACGCCAAGGUCUCUCAGGAAGCUAUGGAUGAGACUUUCUUACUGUCGAAUAUCGCACCUCAAGUCGGUGCUGGUUUCAACCGGCAUUAUUGGGCAUACCUAGAAGACUGGUGUAGACGCCUCACAGAGUCUUUCUCUGACGUCUACGUCUUUACUAUCCCAUUGUAUCUCCCCCGCAAAGAUGCAGAUGGUAAAUUCCGCGUGACGUAUGAAGUUAUUGGCUCCCCACCAAAUGUUGCGGUCCCCACGCACUUUGCCAAAGUUGUGCUGGCCUCGAGACCUUCAUCAACACCAGACAUGCCAGAAAUCUCUACGGGCGCGUUUGUGCUCCCGAAUGCCAUUAUUCCUAAUGAAGCAUCCCUGGAGAGUUUCGUCAUACCAAUUGAUGUCGUAGAACGCGCUGCUGGCCUCAAUCUAUUCUCAGAUGCCGUGAAGGCAAACUCCAAGCACAUUUGCAAGAGCACGAAGUGCGAGGUGUUGGUACACAGAUUUGAUGAUGCACAAAAGCGACCAGAAACACGUCGGGCCAUCUCUGCCCCGAAAUAGGUGCAGUAGAGUACCAGAUAUAUCGAU